ACGCACCAAACUUGCAUUCUGCAGUCGAUUUUAUUAGUGUUUCAAAUGCAAAACAUAAAAUCAUGUUUAUAAGCGUUUGCAUUUUUUUUUAACUCUUCCAGUUCCCAAUGCUGUACAGAGCCUUUUUUCAUCAUGAAAAAUGCAUGCAAAGCCUUUUCAAGGUGCUCAGAUUGACAAAACACAGGAUGUUCCUAUCAAGCUUGUCACACAUUGUAAUGACCUAUUCAUACCUCAGACCUCUCCCACCCUUGGAAACAAAAGAUAUGUUAAUGACCAUUCACACACCUCAAAUUCCUCCU